AUGUCUGUUGCAGAAUCUAAUGCAAGUAAAAAGCGAAAAGAAAGAUCUGCUAUCACUUUAGAAAAGAAGGUUGAGAUUAUUAAAAAGAGGGAAGAAAAUACAAAGUUAAGCCAUCAGGAUUUGGCAAACCAAUAUCAUGUUGAUAGGUCAACAAUAAGCAAUAUAUUGCGGGAUAAAGAUAAAUAUCUUCAAUUAUAUAAUACUACUCCUCAUGCACAACAACGUGUUCGCGUACAAAAAGGACAGUUUCACAUUAUUGAUGAGGCUGUAUAUAAGUUGUUUUUAGAAUUUCGUUCUCAGAAUGUUCCUGUUUCUCAGGAUAUACUCAAAACCAAAGCACUUUCUAUAUAUGAACGUCUUAAAGAUGGUGGUGUAGAAUUUCCAUCUACAUUUAAUGCAUCUAAUGGUUGGGUAUUUGGAUUUCAGCAGCGAUUUGGUAUUAGUUCCAAGACCAUAUCUGGUGAAAGCGAAUCAGCUGAUAAGGCUGCAGUUGAAAGUGGCCGACGUCGUUUUCAAGAAUUACUCAAGGACUAUCAUCCUGAUAAUAUUCUUAAUGCAGAUGAGACAGGUCUCUAUUUUCGUCUUGGGCCAGACAAAACACUUGCAUCAAAAAGUGAUGCUGCUAAAGGAUUUAAGAAAGAUAAGCAACGUCUCACUGUACUUUUUUGCUGUAAUGCAUCAGGUACACGAAAAUUUAAACCAUUCGUAAUUGGCAAAAGUGCACGACCACUAUGUAUGAAAACUACCAAUAUGUCUAAAUUACCUGUGCACUAUUCUAACAAUAAAACAGCAUGGAUGACUGAAACAAAAUGGGAAAAUUGGUUGAAAUGGUUGGAUAGUCAAGUUAAUCAGCCAACUAUUCUCUUAGCUGAUAAUUGUACUGCACACUCAAGCCCCAGGUUGCAAAAUAUUAAUGGAAAAUCCUUUGAGCCAAUUAAUGUUAAAGAAGCUAUUUAUUUAAUUUCUGAUGCAUGGAAACAAGUGUCGCUCAUGACGAUCGUUAAUUGUUGGAAUAAAACAAAAAUACUUCCAUUAGAAAUGGAUUUAACUGCUGAAACAAGUGAUAAUAAUGAUAUAGAUGAACUUGAGCAGGUGUUAGAAGAACUAGAAAUGUCAUACGAUUGUAUUAAAUUGUCAGCAGAGGAAUAUAUAAAUGUGGAUGAAGAAUUACAAACGAUGGAUACACCAACUGAAGAAUCUGUUGUCAGAGAUAUUCUUAAAGAGCAAGGUUUGGGAAAAAUAGCAUUGGAAGUUGCAAAAAAAUAUCUUGAGCAAUCACAAUUUGCUACUGAAGAUGAUAUUUAUUUGUUACGACAAAUAAUUAAAAAGGCAGAAAGUUAUUACCGAUCUAGCCUUAAACAAACAACUAUUGAUAAAUAUUUUAUUACUCAAUAG